GACGUGUGGGGGCGGGGCCUGCCGGCGGAGGGUGACUCUCCGGGGCCGCGGUCUGUUCUAUCUCCUCGGUUUGCCGCGGUCCCGGACCCGCGCUCGGACCAUGAUCGGACGCCGCGCGGCUCUGGCGGGGACGCGGCUCGCCCGAAGCGGGAGCGGCUUGGCCAGCCAGCUCGACGGGGCGGCCUCGAGGAUGGGGAACAGCAUGUCAUCGUCCUUGGGGAAGCCAGGAGCUACUCCCAUGAGUCAGAUCCAAGAAACAGUUUCUAACAAUUGUGUGGUGAUUUUCUCAAAAACAUCUUGUUCUUACUGUACAAUGGCAAAAAAACUUUUCCAAGACAUGAAUGUUAACUGCAAAGUGGUAGAACUGGAUAUGCUUGAAUAUGGAAGCCAGUUUCAAGAUGCCCUUUACAAAAUGACUGGAGAAAGAACCGUGCCAAGAAUAUUUGUCAAUGGAACUUUCAUCGGAGGCGCCACUGAUACCCACAGGCUUCACCAAGAAGGGAAGUUGCUUCCAUUGGUUCAUCAGUGUUACUUAAAAAAAAAGUAAGAAUUUCAGUGACAGUGUUUCAGGAUGUUUACACAUGUGAGUUAUCAAUCAUCAUGAAAAAGUUGUAAAAAUAAUGAACAAUAAAUCUCUCUGGAAACCUCA